CCAGUUCUCAACGUCUUUGCCCUCUGUGACUCAACCUUCGCAAGACGUCGAAGACUCUCGAAACUGUCUAUGUUAGGGUCGGUCUGAGGAGAUCUAUCACGCCUUCUUCAUAGCUCUAGUUCCCCUUGACUUUUGUUGAUCAUGUCCUCCUUCUUGCGUCGAACCCUCUCGCGUAUUCGUGCCAAGCUGCCUAGCACACAGAAAAGUUCAGAGGAAGCCGCUGAUUCGGAUUGGGUGCUUACAGAGCUCUGGAAGACCUACCGGAGAGCUGAGGAUGCAGCCUCAGACUCGUUCACACAAGACGAAUUGCGUCAUUGGAAUGUCGAAAUACUAAGCUUUGAUCCUCUCGAUCCCAAAGCGCCUGACACAACCUCGAGUAUCGAUCCUGUUGCCUACUUCGCCCCCCUUCCCGUGGACUUUCAUGAGAAGCAUGCAAGGAUCAUUGACAAGGAAACCGAAGAAAAGCUGAACCAUUAUCGAAGAUGCCUCGCACCUGACUACUCUCCCUACGGUGAUGGCAGGCCGCGAAGCCCAGGGAGACGCACCCCAACCCUAGGGAAUCGUUUCCGGGAGGAAAUGUCCAUCAGACGCAAAAACCUUGACCCGGAGUACGGGGACACCACAUUGGGUGUCGCAACGAAAUGGCGUGCGUAUACCAACUUUCACAUUGAUGGAUUUCCCGACCGCGAGGAUUCGUCGGGACGCAACCAAUAUGAAGCCUACAACAUAUUCGUGAACUCGAAGCACCCCCACGUGAAGCUCAUCCUGAGCAAUGCGGUUCGUCCAGAGAAAGAAGAUAAUCUGCUCCGGUCUGAGCUGCUAGUCAUACUCGCGGUUAUGCACUCACGUCUGCGCGUCGAGUCUUUCUUUGAUCACGUAAUCAUGCCAGUGAUGGUCUUCUCGUUCAUGCCCCCCUCCCACGUGCGCGUCCUCAUGGCAAUCUUCGACGGCCAAAAGAUCCGGAUCUCUAAGUCCGGUCUGAUACCUUGCUCCGCGACCUCCCAGGAUCUCUACGACACGCUCGUGCGCUACCUUGCCGGUGGCACUAAUCCCAACGUCAAUACGAAGAAGUUUCCGGUCAACCCGGAUGAGAGAUGUCCUAUGGAGGAGUUUUAGUUUCUAGUAUCGGGCAACUACAUCGGUGGUUUCAGGAGAUGGGUGUU